CAAAGUCCUCCAGUCUACGCUAGGCUAUGCUACAGAUCGAGUUCCGCACGGACAGUCCAAAGUGGAACACAGUCACGUGAUUCUGAGUUAGUUGAAAGUGAAACUGCAUUGGAGACGGUGGCGGAUUUCGUUAGUGUUAUACCGGGUGUUAAUGGAUCCUAAUGAAGACCAAGAUAAUGCGGCUAGGACAGUCGUUAUGUUGAGCCUACGAGGCAUCGUUGAAGAUCAAUUACCGGGAGAGCCCGUCAACGAAGUACUGCGAGGUCUGCUGCCGGAACACGAUGUGGAGGACGAAGCCGUGAACCAGGUGGCCAAACAAGUCAGAAGAAUAGCCAAAGAUUUGGAGAAGGACACACUUCUACAACAAUCCAUUGAUGUACUUCGAAAGGUUUGCAAAGAUAGCUUUAUGAAGAUUGUGGAGAAGGUGAUUGUAGAUGGCAUAACCUGGGAAAAAGUCAUUGUUCUGCUUUAUAUAGCAGGGAAAUUCAUUGUCAAGUUAAUUAAAGAGCACUUACAGCAGUCACUGUCAGAUAUCCUCACCUGGACCUGGGAUUUCUUCAAGAGGAGAGUAUUAUCCUGGAUCGAGCAGCAGGGAGGAUGGGUGAGCUCUCUCUCCAGCUUUAGCACUCCGGCUGUCCAGUACUGGGCCAUCUUUGUAUGUGGAUUCCUGUGUUUGGGGUUUGUCUUGUGGAGAGCAGACAGAUCAAGCUGAUGGAUCGUCCACCAAGAAGACAUAACCUUCUUUUAACCAAGGUCCAUUGUGCAAGUGCGUAACACAAGUACAUCAAAAAUAAUAUAAGAGAAAAUGCAGAAACUGCUGGACAGUCUUCUUUAGAGAGAAUAUCUGAGUAUUUCUAAUGAACAUAAUGAGUUUGAAACUUCAUCUGAUCAUGUUUGCAUCAUUAACAUGGAUAUUAAGUAAAGGCACUUGUUUCGUGUACGUGAUGUACGGCGCCAGGCAGGCAGAGGCAUCUGUAUGAUCUCCUGUUCUGUACUCACCUCUGUUGUGCUCAGACGGCAUUUAAAAAGUCACCUGGCAGAUGUAUGUUGUGUAUUUUUAUAACGGUGCAUCUUUUUUUAACUAAAAACUUGGUGCCACAUUGUGUUUGUGUGUUUAUAUGACCUUUGUGUGUCAUGCAAGCAUUAAUCAGCCAUCUAGCUGAUAUCCUGUUACCCAUUUGGCUAAUUUAUUCAGCUGAACAGCUAGCUGGGGAGGGCACUCUGGGUUGUACAAAACUGAAGGAGUCCCUUAUGAAAGGGCUGAUGCUGGCCGUGCUUAUCUUCAGCUGUGUGCUCUGAGCACCCCCAUGACUGCUGUGCUGUUAGGUUUUCCCCUGCCCCUUCAGUGGGGGUGCACACACACACACACACACACACACACACACACCUGCUAUGCUAAUCUGGCCAGAUGAAACGCCUGCUAGCUGCUGGGACACACAGAGCCCGCUGCCUGUUGCUUCUCUGGCCUCGGAGUCUAUCCUGCCACACAUGCAGGCAGUAGGUAUGUAACACAGACUCCAAGCAUGACAGGCAGGGACUCAUUGUGUUGAUUUUCCUCUGUAUAGUGAGCAAAUCUGAUGUGAAGACACCACCUUAAUGAUCAUCUGAUUUUAUUGAAUCGUUUCAGGCUUUUUAGCCGAGGGUGUAUUGCUUUGCUAUAUAGAUAAAGCUGAUGAAAUUUCA